UGCGACAUUUGUCAAAGUGACAUACGAGAAGUCAAAUCACACACAUACACAUUUUCACUCACCUUCCGCAAAUCUUUCGCUGUUUUUCGAUACGCUUUGCGUAAAUAGUUAAAGUUACAUAACUUCAACAUGGCUGGUGGUGGUGAUGAAAGCAAACUUACCGGACUCUCCCGUUACUUCAAUGGCGAGACUAUGCGGGGCCGCGCAAAUGUUGCAAAGGCCACCUAUGCAUCCAUCGGACUGCUGAUUUUGUACUUCUCACUGAAGCCAAGCAAGAAGUAAGGUACCCCCGCGUCGUGGGUGUCUACACUCGGUUAUAGGAUUACUUCGUGGAGUGUGUGCCGGUGGUGAAAUACAUUAUGCAACAGUCGAGUAAAACCUAGAA